GGAGUUUACUAAUGCUAUACAAUAUUUAGGGUCAAGCCUUACGCGAUAUUCGACCUGAAUGGCGAAGAAAUAUUGCGUCCAUUCUGAUGCGUGAGAGAAAAGAAUAUCUUGCUUCGAUUCUCACAUGUUUAAAAUUGAUUUCAUCUACGCUCGCUGCCAAAACACCGUUACCACCGUGCAUGAUUUCCCCACUGGAAUCGCGGCAAAAAUUUAUUACCCAUUUGGAAAAGAAGAUUAUGGUUGAGCCCAAGGAUAUUGCGAACAUAUCAUUCCCUAGUUUCAGUGCUUAUUUGAUGAACGGUUUAGUGUUCGUGGAUGAGUUACAACGCGUUUUGACUGUUACAAAGGAUUUGGUAGGCGUUGAGAAUCCAGAAGAGUGGAUUUCAUCGCGUGCCUAAGUUAUAGAAGAGUAUUAUUACUUUGACUUAAAUAGACCAAAUUCAUUAGUAUAUUCUGUUCAUAUUCAUAUCGAAGUAAAUUGAUAUUAUUUUACUGAAUUUCUUUUGACGAAAAGUCGAUCUUGGAACGAGCGUUUAAGUAAUGAGUACCAGUUUAAGGCUG